AUGCUACAGUAUUUCAAAUUUCUAAGAAAUUUUCGUAGGACAAUUUCGGACGUUUCUAAGAUUCGAAAUAUAGGGAUUGUAGCUCAUAUCGAUGCCGGUAAAACUACCACCACUGAACGUAUGCUGUAUUAUUCAGGGAAAAUCAAUAGAAUUGGGAAUGUAGACCAAGGUAAUACCACUACUGAUUAUUUACCUCAGGAGCGAGAGCGUGGCAUUACUAUUCAAAGUGCAGCAGUAUCAUUUAAUUGGCCCAAGAAAAAUGAUUUUAGAAUUAAUUUAAUAGAUACUCCUGGCCAUGUAGACUUCUCUUUUGAAAUACUGAAAUCAUUGAAAGUAAUUGAUGGGGAAGUAGUAAUAUUAGAUGCUGUUUCUGGCGUUCAAGCGCAAACUGAAAAAAUAUGGCAUUACUCAAGAAAUAUCCCUAAAAUCUGUUUUAUCAACAAAAUGGAUAGAACGGGAGCAUCAUUUAAUAAUACUGUUAGAGAUAUAAUUCAAAAAUUGAAGGCCAGAGCUAUUUUUGUCAAUAUUCCUUAUUUUAAAUUUGAUCCACAAACCAAGACUUCCAUUUUUAAUGGGGUAAUCGAUAUAUUAAAUGGACAACUAAUUACCUGGUCUCCAGAGGUACCUGACUCUAUUCAAAUAAUGAAUAUCAGCAAUAUGACAGAUUCUAAGAUAAUUGAUCAAUUAGAAAAAUGUAGGGAAUCAAUAAUUGACACCUUAAGUGAAUUUGAUGAAGAGUUGGUUGAGUAUUUUCUAAAUGAAGCUGAGGGAAAUUAUGAUAAAAUCCCCGGAUCCGUUUUAAAUAAAUCCAUAAGAAAAGCAACUUUAAAAUUACAAGUUAUUCCAAUAUUAUGUGGUGCAUCUUUUAGAAAUAUAGGUAUUCAACCUUUACUAGAUUCUGUUUGCCACUUUUUACCUUCACCAAUUGAAUCAAAACCCGUUAAUAUAACCUAUAAUCUAAAACAACAGGAUAAGAAUACCAUUGAUAUCCCUGUAACCUAUGACCCAAAGUUUGGGCUUGAUGUAGCAAGUAUGAAUAACUUAGCCAUGGCAUUUGUAUUCAAAGUUAUGACAGACCCAAUUAGAGGAAUAAUGAUAUUGGUUCGUAUUUAUUCGGGGAUUCUAAAUUCAGGGUCAACUACAUAUAAUCCAAGAACAAAAGGAACAUUCAGAAUCAAUAACCUUGGUGUUAUGAAUGCUGAUGAGGUUGAAACAGUGAAGUCUUUACACCAAGGGGAAAUUGGUGUUAUUAUCAAGGGCAAAGACAAUGAUUCUAAAAGAGAUGCAAAUGUUUCAAAUGAACUAAACACUGGUGAUACGAUUCUUUCACAUUCAUACAUAAAAAAGAAUUGGCAAAAGUCUCUAAAGAACAAAAUUGGUUUAGACCCGUUAUCUGUUAUGAUUGAACCAAUCAACAUUCCACCACCAGUUUUUAGUGCAAGUGUUGAGCCUAAAACAUUAGGUAAUAAGCUAGAGAUGGAAAAGGCAUUGCACAUUCUUUGUAGGGAUGAUCCAAGUUUGACAAUUUACGAGGAUGAAGAAAGUGGGCAGACUGUAAUUAAUGGUAUGGGUGAUCUUCAUCUUCAAAUUGCAAAGGACAAACUAGUCAACAAUCUGAAGGCAAACGUUAACUUCGGUGAAAUCAGGAUCUCAUAUAAAGAAACACUUCGUACAACUACGUCUAUUUUUUCACAUCCAAAACAAAAUACAGGAGCUACGGAAUCUGAUUUUAAAUUCACAUUAUCUAUUGAGCCUCAUACCCCUUUCAAAGAUUCAAGAAAUACAUUUAGAAAAAAGCAUGAAGUUUGGUAUCCAUUAGGCAACGAUAAUAAUUAUUUAGUUGUAGAAGACCAUAUAAGUUACCACUUUUCUGAAAGUGGGGAUGGGUGGAGACAUUUUCUAUCCUAUGAGACGAUUGUUAAUUCCUUAAUUGCCAGCUCUAUUGCUGGCCUACAAUCAAAUUAUUCAAGCAAAAACUUCCCAUUGUAUUCUUGCGCUGUUAGGAUAAAGGGUGAUUGGAAAAUUCCAUUUGAUUGCGAAGAAACAUCUGAGAUAUUAAGAAUCUCAAGAAACUUAAUAGUGGAGGCUUUAGAAAGCAUGGAUAAAAGCCAAUUUGCAAUUCUAGAGCCAAUAAUGAACGUAGUUCUAGAUGUACCUCAAAGCUACGUAGGAUUGGUAACAAAAGAUUUAACAGGUAAAAGAAAUGCUUCUAUUGAUUUAAUAUCUGAAACUGAAGAAAAUUUGAAACCUAAUAACCUGGAAGGAAACUCUGUUGAUUACAACUCUAUUUUAGAAUCUCAAUAUUUCCCUCCAGACCCUAACAUGUAUGACAGUUUGGCCGAACAAAAAUCUAAUGAAAGUAUCUCAUCUUCAUUGGUGAAUAUUAAUGCAAAAGUUCCAUUAAAAAACAUGAUGAAUUAUAGUAACCAAUUCAGAAGCAUAACUCAGGGACAUGGUUCAUUCAUCUUAGAAUAUUCUGGUAUGAAUGAGGUUUCCAGAGAAAGUUUGAAGGAUGUUCUUGAUAGUUAUUAA